AUGUACCCAACCAUUGCAAUUUCGCUCCGUACUCUUGCCGCCUUCCGGCAAUGUCAUCGAGCCUGUCCUCGCUUCAGUAUCCAGGCACAGUGUAGAACACUUUGUUUCCUUCAUGAGAUUCCUUACCGGCCCUACCUCAAUACACAAUUCUCGGCCGCUUACAAUAUUUAUUUGGAAAUCAUCCAUCACGUUGACCAGCGCCUCAAGGCGGCGCUCAAACACAACACUCCCAAUUGGCGCUUACUAAAUUCCUGUCCCGCUUGCUUCUAUAAACUCCAAGAUGAGCCAACCCUUGAUUUCAACUGGCUCGUGUGCGUCGAUGGCAACAAUAGCUUAAAGAGAUGGGAUUCCUCCAUCUAUGGUAACACUGCUUGGUUGGAUUCUCGUCAAGCUCGUUCAGACUACUGGAUUGAUCGUGAAACUGUUGACAAGUAUAAACACGAAGCGAAAUCGUGCGAUAUCAACUCCCAUGAUGAUAACUGGGAGGAAGAGCUGGUUGACGCUAGCACUAACCCUUCUAAUGUGCUCACUUGUGUUGAUCGAUGGCGCAAUGCUGGCCCUGAGACUCGUAAAAAAAUGUUUUCCGUGUUUCAUGAGUCUGGGAUCUUUAUCGCUGCUUGUCGCCACCGCUUCAUACUUCUAGCUUGCGACAUGGUUCAGAGUGGCGAGCUAGCUAAAUAUCCGUUGGCGCUCAUUGACAAGCUCCUCACUGUAUAUGGAAAGAAUGGGGGCUCGCACGAUCUUGGUUUUCGGAUGAUGGUCGGGUCCUUUCAUGGCCACGCACACAACCGCAAAUGCCAGUUACGUUGGCAUCCAAUGUAUAUUCCUGGAACGGGACACACUGAAGGCGAAGGUUGUGAACACGUUUUCUCUGCUUCCAAUGAGCUUGCUCGUAGUAUCAGACAUGCCAGUUCCUUCCAUCGACAUCAAUCUAUCGAGGAACACUUCUCAUUUUGGGAUCAAGACAAGUACGCUAGCCUUAGUAAUUUCUUAUGGAACCACUAUCGAGAAGCGCUGAAGGCAGUUCACAAUCUCACCACUGAACUCACAGCUAUCAAACACGAGCUUCGACUAACCGAUGAUGAUUUCGUUCAUUUUCUCGACGAAGAGCAAAAAUACCUUGAUGAUCUGAAGCAGCCACCAGCCGAAGACCGUAUCCGCAUUCGCUACGUUGAGACACUUGAUGAACUGGCUGAACGAAGGUCCGAUUGGGAUUCGGCUCGCCAAGCAGCCAACAAUGCACUUACCGAACUUCCGGCAAGCAGCCUAGCGCAGAUCAAUCAAGCUCUAACAGUUGCCCGUAUUCGGGUUGAUUCAUCCUAUGCUAAACUACAGCACGCGGAGGCACUAGUGGCCCACAUGGAAUCUCAGCUUGGUGUAGAUGCACGAUGGGAAAUUGGUGGUGAGGAGUAUAGCUGCUUCAAGGAAGAAGCUUCUCUGGGCAAAUAUCGAGCUGCGCUCAACAACUUAGAACGCUUGGUUGUGAUGCGGCUGUUUGAACUUUCAAAGCUGUCGUUAUCGGGCACAGGGUAUAAACUUCGUCAGCAAAUUAGCAAAGCCCUACAACGACGUUCUGAGGCUAUCCGCAAAGCUAUCGCACGCUACAAUGUUCAAGCUGUAGCCUUGAAUCCUCCGCGCGACAAGAUAUCAUGGAAGGACAUCGCUGAUUACACUUUCCUUGGAGAGUUUGACCUCUUGCGGCACUCUUGCAGCGAUGUUCGAAGUGAUGAUUGGGCCAAACCGGCUUACCGAGAAGCAACUUCAAAGUAUUUCAAGCUCCUCCGUGCUCGUGAAGAAAUCACUCGACUUAACGUUGAAAUUCGGCGUCUCCGCACUGCUAUUUACGAUGAAGAACUUCAGGCCACUGCUGUCAUUCGCGAUCUUUCUGGUUCUGACCCAUUGCUUGCUAGUGAGCUGAAGCGCCAGUGGCGUUCUCGAGCAGCUAUCAACGCUGUCCAUGUUUAUCGCUUAGAUCAAAUUGGGAGUCUUACAGGAUUCUCUGGUGUUCGUGGUCGAGAGGACAUCGACGACAUUCAGGCAAUCAUCAUGUCUGAUUAUGUUGACAUGGAUGCCAUUGAUCGGGAAGAAUUUGGUAGGGCAACGGAGGACAUCGCCGACUAUUUACAAUCCAUUGUCAACUGA